CUCCUCCUGGAGUCAGGAAAUGGCCACUGUGUAGUUACCACGGAGGUAAACCCCGAGGAUCGUGCUUCGGCAUGUCAGGAAGAAUCUUGGCAGUAUCUUAAAGACAUCACUGACUUCUGGAUCCUGAAUAAAGUCCAAGGAGAAAAGAAAUGGGCCGCUCCAAUUCUAGAUCACAUUCUUCAAGAUCCAAGUCUAGAUCACAAUCUAGCUCUAGAUCAAGAUCAAGAUCACAUUCUAGAAAGAAGAGAUACAGUUCUAGGUCUCGUUCCAGAACAUAUUAAAGGUCUCGUAGUAGAGAUCGUAUUUAUUCUAGAGAUUAUCGUCGAGAUUACAGGAAUAAUAGAGGAAUGAGACGACCUUAUGGGUACAGAGGACGGGGUAGAGGGUAUUAUCAAGGAGGAGGAGGUAGAUAUCAUCAAGGUGACUAUAGACCUGUCUGGAAUAGAAGGCAUUCUAGGAGUCCUAGACGAGGUCGGUCACGUUCCAGGAGUCCGAAAAGAAGGUCCGUGUCUUCGCAAAGAUCCCGAAGCAGAUCACGCCGCUCAUACAGAUCCUCUAGGUCUCCAAGAUCAUCAUCAUCUCGUUCUUCAUCCCCAUAUAGCAAAUCUCCUGUCUCUAAAAGACGAGGGUCUCAGGAAAAACAAACCAAAAAAGCUGAAGGGGAACCCCAGGAAGAGAAUCCUUUGAAAAGCAAAUCACAGGAGGAGCCAAAGGAUACCUUUGAGCACGAUCCAUCUGAGUCUGUUGAUGAGUUUAAUAAGUCUGCCACAUCUGGUGAUAUUUGGCCUGGCCUUUCAGCUUAUGAUAAUAGCCCCAGGUCACCUCAGAGUCCCUCACCUAUUGCUACACCACCUAGUCAGAGCUCAUCUUGCUCAAAUGCCCCCAUGCUUAGUACAGUCCACUCUGCCAAAAACACCCCUUCUCAGCAUUCACAUUCCAUUCAACAUAGUCCCGAAAGAUCUGGAUCUGGUUCUGUGGGAAAUGGGUUUAGUCGAUAUAGUCCUUCCCAGAACAGUCCGAUUCAUCAUGUCCCAUCACGAAGAAGCCCUGCAAAGACAAUCACACCACAGAAUGCUCCGAGAGAGGAAUCUAGGGGGCGGUCCUCUUUUUAUCCUGAAGGCGGAGAUCAGGAAACAGCAAAGACAGGAAAGUUUUUGAAAAGGUUCACAGAUGAAGAGUCUAGAGUGUUCUUGCUUGAUAGGGGGAACAGGGAUAAAGAGGCUACAAAGGAGAAAGGGCCAGAGAAAGGCAGGGCAGAGGGCGAUUGGGAUGAUCAAGAAGUUCUAGAUUACUUCAGCGAUAAAGAGUCUGCAAAACAAAAGUUUCAUGACUCAGAAGGGGAUGACACAGAGGAGACAGAGGAUUAUAGACAGUUUAGGAAAUCAGUGCUGGCAGAUCAAGGGAAGAGCUUUGCUGCUUCAUCUCACCGGAGUACUGAGGAGGAAGGACCCAAGUACAAGUCCAAAGUUUUACUCAAAGGCAAUAGAGAAAGUGAUGGAUUUAGAGAAGAAAAAAACUAUAAACUGAAAGAGACUGCAUAUAUAGUGGAAAGGCCUAGCACUGCAAAAGACAAGCAAGAAGACAAAGGCUCUGAAAGAAUAACCGUGAAGAAAGAGGCGCAGCCAUCACCUGAGCAGGUAAAGUCUGAAAAGCUCAAAGAGCUCUUUGAUUACAGUCCCCCUCUGCACAAGAGUCUGGACACACGAGAAAAGUCCGUCUUCAGAGAGGAGAGCCCGCUGAGGAUCAAAAUGAUAGCCAGCGAUUCUCAUCGUCCUGAAGUCAAACUCAAAAUGGCCCCUGUUCCUCUCGGUGAUUCUAACAGUCCUGCCUCCUUGACUAAAGACAGGCUACUUGCUAGUACGCUUGUCCAUUCUGUGAAGAAGGAGCAAGAAUUCCGAUCCAUCUUUGACCACAUUAAGUUGCCUCAGGCCAGCAAAAGCACUUCAGAGUCAUUUAUACAGCACAUUGUAUCCUUGGUUCAUCAUGUUAAAGAGCAAUGCUUCAAGUCACCUGCAGUGACCCUAAACGAGCGGUUCACCUCGUACCAGAAGGCCUCUGAGGAACAUGGUGCACGCCAGAAGAGCCCUGAGAUACACAGGAGGAUUGACAUCUCUCCAAGCACUCUGAGGAAGCAUACCCGUUUAGCAGAGGAGGAGAGAGUUUUUAAAGAAGAAAUUCAAAAGGGGGAUAAAAAAUUAAGGUGUGAUUCAGCUGAUCUUCGGCAUGACAUUGAUCGUCGCCGUAAAGAAAGAGAACGGGGGGAUUCCAAGGGCUCCAGGGAAUCUAGUGGAUCAAGAAAGCAAGAAAAAACUCCAAAAAAUUACAAGGAAUACAAAUCUUACAAAGAUGACAGCAAACAUAAAGGUAGAGAACAAGAUCAUUCUCGAUCAUCAUCCUCUUCAGCAUCACCUUCCUCACCCAGUUCUCGAGAAGAAAAAGAGAGUAAGAAAGAAAGAGAAGAAGAGUUUAAAACUCACCACGAGAUGAAAGACUACUCAGGAUUUGCAGGAGUGAGCAGACCACGCGGGACCUUUUUUGGAAUUAGAGGCAGAGGAAGAGCCAGAGGAGUUUUUGCUGGGACAAAUACUGGUCCAAACAACUCAAAUACUACUUUUCAAAAGAGACCGAAGGAAGAGGAAUGGGAUCCAGAAUAUACCCCAAAGAGCAAGAAGUACUUCUUGCAUGAUGACAGAGAUGAUGGUGUGGAUUAUUGGGCCAAAAGAGGAAGAGGUCGUGGUACUUUUCAACGUGGCCUAGGGCGCUUUAAUUUCAAAAAAUCAGGUAGCAGUCCAAAAUGGACCCAUGACAAAUACCAAGGGGAUGGGAUUGUUGAAGAUGAAGACGAGACCAUGGAAAAUAAUGAAGAAAAGAAGGACAGACACAAAGAAGAAAAGGAAUAGCCUCAAGAUUGCAGCAGAGAGAAGAACUUGAUACUUACAUUUUUUUUAAAACCUGAUUUUUGUUUUCAAAUAAGAAUGUAAGCAUUUUACUUAAAAUUUACUGUUUGCAAGUAGUCUAUAGAAAUUUUGUUUUAAGUCUUCAAAUAUCUUGAAACAAUACUAGACUGUAUGUUGAAAAUUGUAUUGAAAUAAAGUAGAAAAUGUUCUGUACCAUAUU